UCACAACUGUGGGGAGAAAUCCAUUGCCACCCUGUUGUUAAAGAAUGCUGAUUAUCUUGUUAAUUCUGUAUCAUUGAGUUUGAGGAAUUUAACUUUGUUUUCAUCCGCACCCAGUGUGCUAUCUAUGAUGCUGGUUUAUUCUAAUGUGGAGAUUUUGUCAAUUGUUGCUGAUGUCAUACAGGAUGUGUUCAACUGCCUUGACUUUUAUCAAGAGGAAGUGACAUUUUCAUUAAUGAAAGUUUUAAAGAGUUUUGUUUCAUCAGUAAAUACUUGGUUUGGAGAUGAGUUGACUAAGGAGAAAGGCGGACAGGAACAUGAAUAUCAAAAGGCUUGUAGAGACUUGUUAAGUCCAAAGGGUGUUAAAUGUUUUCUUGAAGACUAUUGUAAGUUGAAACUUGAAGCUCUUGGGAAUUUUGAUGAUGACAUUGGUGAGGAAGUAACUGUUGAUGCACAAAGUCUAGUGGAUGAUUUGAAUGAUAAAGCUCAGGAUAACAAAGAAGAAAAAAAGAAGAUUCCCCUGCAUUAUCAAACUACCUUAAUGGCUUUAGAAAAAUGUCAGCAUUUCCUGCCAUCAAAAGAUACAAGGUUAAAACUUCUGAUACUUGAUGUAAUUGAAGUGAGUGUUCAAGCUUUGAAGAGCCAACAAAAUGAUUUGCUGCCAGCUCUUCACAAGAUAUGGCCUGCAGUUGCUGCAAGGAUAAAGGAUCCCAACCAGGUCAUUGGUACGAGGACUUUAGAGGUUAUUUGUACCAUUAUUGGUUGUUCUGGUGAUUUUCUGAGGCAGAGGGUGAGAAAAGAGAUUUUCCCAUUUGCAAUGGAAUUUCUAAAGAAGGAAAUAUCAUCCAGUUUGAAAAGAAGCAACAGCUAUAAAUUUAGCUCUACUUUCAAGUUACAGAGAAGACUUCUGAGUGUUAUUGGAAGUAUUGUAGAGAACCUUGGCUUGCCAGAUGAAGAACUUAUUGAUGUAAUCUCAGUUUGUUCAAAGUAUUUGGAUUGUAGGCAACCAGAAGUUCUUCAAAUGGAGGCAAUUAAGACACUCAACAUUGCGAAGAUGGCUGACUGGGAUCAAACCUGGCUUGUGCUGACUUCAAUGUAUUGUCCUAAAGAGCUGGUUGUACCUAACUCACAAUUCAAAGAUAUUUCAAUUGACAACAACAUAUACAAAAGAAACCAAUUUGCAGAUAAUGUUGUUCAAAUUUUGUACAGUAGCUCCUAAAAUAUUAAAAAAGUAGAAAAUAUUAACUACAUUUAUGAGUAUACAGCGAUUAAUUACAUCACAAUGUCGUUUACUGAAUGGCUCCUUAUAACAACACCCUAGUUUAUUAUCACCCAAGUUAUUUGUUGCUCAAAGAAGCUGGCGUAGCAAAUGCUUUGUUUGGUUUCUUGAAAAAUGUAAUGAUUUGAAAAUAGAUUUAUCUAGCUGCUCUAAAA